AACUGUUCCUCUCGAUCUUCCUUCUUCUCUUUAUUGCUCUGUUUUCACACAAUCAAAAUGUGGUAUAUAGGUUUUUAUAUUUGGGCAUUGGUUAUCCCCGUCGUGGCCUUCUGGCUAUGUAGAUGGUGGAAGCCGGCCAGUAGAGGCCUGCUCCCUCCUGGUUCCAUGGGGCUGCCGCUCAUUGGAGAAACUCUUCAGUUUUUUGUCCCCAGCAAAUCUCUAGACAUCCCUCCUUUCAUUAAAAACAGAAUUCAAAAAUAUGGACCUGUGUUCAAGACAAAUUUGGUUGGUCGUCCCGUGAUAGUGUCUUCAGACCCAGAUUUCAAUAAUUUUAUCUUUCAACAGGAAGGGAAAUCAGUGCAGUUGUGGUACAUGGACUCAUUUUCAAAGCUCCUUGGGAUAGGCGAUGCAAUAACAGGGUAUGUUCACAAGUACCUCAAGAAGGUUGUCUCAGAACAUUUUGGUCCAGAGAAGCUUAAAGAGAAAAUCCUCUCUGAAUUAGAAGUAAUCGCCGAUCAAACUCUAUCUUCUUGGACCGAACACGAAUCCGUGGAAAUGAAAAGGGCAUGCUCAACGAUGAUACUGAAUUACACUUCGAAGCAGCUGUUUGGUUACGAUCCUGAAAAAGGCGAAGAAAAUCUGAGCGAUUUGUACUUCAACUUAAUAAAAGGCGUCAUGUCUGUUCCCUUGAACGUCCCUGGAACAGCCUUUCAUAAAUGCUUGCAGAAGUGCACGAUCAUUAAAUCGCAAAUUGGUGGAGUUCACGGCGGUGGCAGAGCUCAAAACCCUGAGCUCCGCCUCACCCAAGUCUUAAGGCUUGGGGACCAACCAUGGUAGCUCAAGUCCGGUUGGUAGGUAACUAGACAAUGCUUGAAAGUCCGUUCGGUGUUACUUAAGCUUUUAAUAGAAAUUUACUUAAAAG